AUGAGGCUGAAAACAGUUCCUGGGCCCAAACCACUUGUUUCCGAUGCGCACUACUUUCAGGGCACUGGCAGUAUUGGCGAAGGCCCCCUCGACAACGCGGCCUCAAAUGUUGUUGAUACACAAUCAACCCUAUCAAGAGGGUAUAUUCGUACCGGCUUACUCUGUGCUGCUGCCGCAUUUGAUGCAACGAGGCAAAAGUCAAUCACAAUGACCCUUUCAUCCCAAGGCUUCAUCUACGUGUCGACCCUGAGAAUCUCGCGUCAUGUGUUGAUUCGGCAGAUGACUGGAUGGCGCACCCCUGGACCAGAGCAUCCUCCACACGCCAGACAGGCACUCUUCUCAGCUACGUAG